AUGGACUUGGAGCUGAAUCAUAGGAAGCCAAAUGAAGUUAUUGGUGAGGAAAGGGGAAUCCAGUAUUUUCUAAAGAACGUUUAUUCAGCCUGUUAUCACUGUCGAGAGGCUUCAAAAUUGGGAUUGGUUACAUUCCUCAGGUAUGACCCCGAGGGACAUCUGACCAAUGCAACAUUUCCCACCGGAGAGGUCAGCAGCUUCCACAGUGACCUCGAGAAGCUGACAAAAGUGGAGCUAGAUACUUCCAACCGCGAAAAUGUCCUCAUGUCAACCAACUUGACAGCAACUAGUACCAUAUAUAUUUUAAAACAAGAAAAUACUCAGAGUACCUAUCGGGUGAGUCCGGAUGGUUCCCUACGUGUCACCUUUGCCAGCGGGAUGGAGAUCAGUCUCAGCUCAGAGCCCCACAUCCUGGCGGGGGCAGUCAACCCCACCCUGGGUAAAUGCAACAUCUCAUUGCCUGGAGAACACAAUGCAAACCUCAUCGAGUGGCGGCAGAGGAAGGAGCAAAACAAAGGCAACAUUUCAGCUUUUGAAAGGAGGCUGAGGGCCCAUAAUAGAAACCUGCUCUCCAUAGACUUUGAUCAUAUAACCCGCACAGGAAAGAUCUAUGACGACCAUCGAAAAUUCACCCUUCGAAUUCUUUAUGACCAGACUGGGCGACCUGUUCUUUGGUCUCCCGUAAGCAGAUAUAAUGAAGUGAACAUCACAUAUUCACCUUCGGGAUUGGUGACAUUUAUUCAAAGAGGGACAUGGAAUGAAAAAAUGGAGUAUGACCAGAGUGGAAAAAUAAUUUCAAGAACUUGGGCUGAUGGGAAAAUUUGGAGCUAUACAUACUUAGAGAAGUCUGUGAUGCUUCUCUUACAUAGCCAGCGGCGUUACAUCUUUGAGUAUGACCAGUCGGAUUGUCUGCUCUCAGUCACCAUGCCUAGUAUGGUGCGCCACAGCUUACAAACCAUGCUUUCGGUGGGCUAUUACCGGAAUAUCUACACCCCACCAGACAGUAGCACUUCUUUUAUCCAAGACUAUAGUAGAGAUGGCCGACUGCUACAGACCCUGCAUCUGGGGACAGGCCGUAGAGUUUUAUACAAGUACACCAAGCAAGCAAGGCUAUCUGAGAUUCUCUAUGAUACCACCCAGGUCACAUUAACAUACGAAGAGUCUUCUGGAGUGAUUAAGACAAUACACCUGAUGCAUGAUGGAUUCAUCUGUACAAUCAGAUACAGGCAAACAGGACCUCUUAUUGGACGCCAGAUUUUCAGAUUCAGUGAAGAAGGUCUUGUGAAUGCACGGUUUGACUACAGCUACAACAACUUCCGCGUCACCAGCAUGCAAGCUGUGAUCAAUGAGACCCCUUUGCCCAUAGAUCUAUACCGAUAUGUUGAUGUCUCUGGUAGAACAGAGCAGUUUGGAAAAUUCAGUGUAAUUAAUUACGAUUUAAAUCAGGUCAUAACUACUACAGUGAUGAAGCACACCAAGAUCUUCAGUGCCAAUGGACAAGUCAUUGAAGUCCAGUAUGAAAUCCUAAAGGCAAUUGCCUACUGGAUGACUAUUCAAUAUGAUAAUAUGGGCCGUAUGGUAAUAUGUGAUAUAAGGGUAGGAGUAGAUGCCAAUAUAACAAGGUAUUUCUAUGAAUAUGAUGCUGAUGGGCAACUUCAAACUGUUUCUGUAAAUGACAAAACCCAGUGGCGUUAUAGUUAUGAUCUGAACGGAAACAUCAACCUCUUAAGCCAUGGGAAUAGUGCUCGUCUUACUCCUCUCCGAUAUGACCUCCGAGACCGCAUCACUAGACUAGGAGAAAUUCAGUAUAAAAUGGAUGAAGAUGGCUUUCUGAGGCAGAGGGGAAAUGACGUAUUUGAAUAUAAUUCUAAUGGUCUGCUGCAGAAAGCCUACAAUAAAGCUUCUGGCUGGUCUGUGCAGUAUUACUAUGAUGGGCUUGGGCGCCGUGUCGCCAGUAAGUCCAGCCUAGGGCAGCACCUUCAAUUCUUUUAUGCAGACCUUGCCAACCCCAUAAGAGUUACUCAUCUGUACAACCACACGAGCUCAGAGAUUACAUCUCUGUAUUAUGAUCUCCAAGGUCACCUUAUUGCCAUGGAGUUAAGCAGUGGUGAAGAAUAUUAUGUAGCCUGUGAUAAUACAGGUACCCCACUAGCUGUGUUCAGCAGUCGAGGUCUGGUCAUAAAAGAGAUAUUGUACACGCCUUAUGGUGAUAUCUAUCACGACACUUACCCUGACUUUCAGGUCAUCAUUGGUUUUCAUGGAGGACUCUAUGAUUUUCUAACUAAAUUAGUGCACCUGGGGCAAAGGGAUUAUGAUGUUGUUGCUGGUAGAUGGACAACGCCUAAUCAUCACAUAUGGAAACAGUUGAACCUCCUUCCUAAACCAUUCAACCUCUACUCCUUCGAAAACAACUACCCAGUUGGCAAAAUUCAAGAUGUUGCAAAGUAUACCACAGACAUUGGGAGUUGGUUGGAGCUAUUUGGUUUCCAGUUACACAAUGUACUACCUGGAUUUCCCAAACCAGAAUUAGAAAAUUUGGAAUUAACUUAUGAGCUUCUACAGCUUCAGACAAAAACUCAAGAGUGGGAUCCUGGAAAGACUAUCCUGGGUAUUCAGUGUGAGCUCCAGAAACAGCUCAGAAAUUUCAUUUCCUUGGAUCAACUUCCUAUGACUCCCCGAUACAAUGAUGGACAUUGCCUUGAAGGAGGGAAGCAACCAAGGUUUGCUGCUGUCCCUUCUGUUUUUGGAAAAGGUAUAAAAUUUGCCAUCAAGGAUGGCAUAGUAACAGCUGAUAUUAUAGGAGUAGCCAAUGAAGAUAGCAGGCGGCUUGCUGCCAUUCUCAAUAAUGCUCAUUACCUGGAAAACCUACAUUUUACCAUAGAGGGGAGGGACACUCACUACUUCAUUAAACUUGGGUCUCUGGAGGAGGACCUGGUGCUCAUCGGUAACACUGGGGGGAGGCGGAUUCUGGAGAAUGGUGUCAAUGUCACUGUGUCCCAGAUGACUUCUGUGUUGAAUGGAAGGACUAGACGGUUUGCAGAUAUUCAGCUCCAGCAUGGGGCCCUGUGCUUCAACAUCCGAUAUGGGACAACUGUCGAAGAGGAAAAGAAUCAUGUGUUGGAGAUUGCCAGACAGCGCGCUGUGGCCCAGGCCUGGACUAAGGAACAAAGAAGGCUGCAAGAAGGGGAAGAGGGGAUUCGGGCAUGGACAGAGGGGGAAAAGCAGCAGCUUUUGAGCACUGGAAAGGUACAAGGUUAUGAUGGGUAUUUUGUUUUGUCUGUUGAGCAGUAUCUAGAACUUUCUGACAGUGCCAACAAUAUUCACUUUAUGAGACAGAGCGAAAUAGGCAGGAGGUAACAAAAAAAAUCUCUGCCUUUGCGUCACCAAAGACUGCCUGUUUUUAAAACAUAAAAUGGUUUAUUGUAUUGAUUUUCUAGAUCAGAACUCUGUAUAUGUAAAUAUGGAGGAAAAACAUAUCCAACUGCCUUUCAAUGUGACGGAAGAUGGUAUUUUAAUAUUGUUUGUUUAAACUCUUUAAGAAAUGACAGAGAUUUUUAGUUCUUGUGUGGCAGUAUUCAAAAUAACACAAGUAGAACUCAAACAGCUAAAAAAAAGUUUUCAGAAAACACCGCUUCAAAUUUGCCGAGCCAUGCUUAUGUUCAAAUAUACAGAAAGAACCCAAGGUCCUCUACUGUGACAUGAAAUUUCACAUUUAACUGUUGGCAGACCUUGUGGGCUAUUUGAAAAGGUGGUGCAAUAGUAUCUGAACCUUGCAAAGACUGCCAGCCCUUUCACAUUUUCCAGAUCGAUUAUAGGGAACUUAAAAAGAAGUGUAAAAUGUCCUUGGCCACCAUCUCCUAGAGUCAGGACCCAUUGGCCCUCCCUCCCUGAUUACUCCUCCUUGCUUGUUAAAGUAAAUACCAUGUUGUUGUGCUGUGUUUUUGGCGUGUGGUGGCUGGGUUCUGUCUGCCAUGCUUCCCUGUGUGUGUGGUAACCAGACUGAAUAGCCACUAUUUGCUAGUGUGUACAUGAUACCAAGGCAGCUGGCCAAUGUGACCUCUCUCACACAACCUGUUUUGACUCAAUUUUUUACCAAAUUGCCCAGCUGUACUGGCAUCUUUCAAGCAUACCUUUUAUUAACCUGGGUAGGAAUUUCUCAUUUAUAUAUAGGAUGUGUUUUGGUCAUAGUUUCACACUAGUGAUUCAGUAUUUAUACACUAAUCCGAUGGUUUUCUGCACAUGAAAGGUAAUUUAAUAAAAAGUAUGAUUCUGGUGUAAAAAAAGAAAAAAGAGGCUUUAGCAGGCAUAUGUGUCUGGGAUCCUGAUAAAUGCAUUAACUACUACUGCAGAAAUUCAUAACAGCCAAAACCUUUAAAAAAAAUAGAUCUAGUACUAAAAUGAAAGGAAAGUACCAAAGGGAAGACCAAACCAAACAUCACAGUAGUUGCUGCUACAUUGUUUCAGCCCACUUAGAUUUAUCUUUCAAAUGUACUAUUCUGUAUUGAACAUCUCCCAGCCAUAUUCAGGAAAUUGAGUUAAGCUAACCCUUUCCAACCUAAAACAUUUCAACUAAUCAUACAGAGGCAGACUAGUUUUUACUAAUGUAAUUUAUAUGGUUAGUUAUUUUAGUUUUCUGUCUUUACCCAUUUCUUUUUCUUUAAUCACCUCUCCUGCCUAGGAAAAUAACUAUUUUCCAAGACAGGUUAUGUGUUCUGCAAUCAUUUAAAAUUUGGAGAAAGGUCAGGAUUAGUGUUACUAUCAACUGCAGUUUCUCAAAAGAAGCCCCUUGGUGAGCUGGAAGAUUUGUGCUCAGUGACAAAGAGAAAGUUUGUAAAAUGCUGUGUAAUUGUAAGUUACCACAAAUGAAAACACAUGACAGCACAAGAUGGCCUGUAGAAAAUUCCCCUAAGCCAGCUUCUGCACUCUCAUCACCGAGUCUGAACAUUCACUAUGUCUGAAGGAAAAUUUAUGGAGGAAUGUUGGUUUGGAUUCUUUCCAGCUACUACCUAAAUGCAGUGUGGGGUCAUUAUCUUGCUUUGUGAGGACAGUUUCUUUGAAAAUAUGCAAAGUCAGAAUCUAGGCUCACAUUAAGGCUUUUAAAGAGUCUGCUUCCUACUGUACAAAGGAGAGCAAGGGAAAGGAAAGGACCCCGGUAAACAGUAGGGGAGGGUGUAUUCAACCAUUUCUUUUUCAAAACCUUCAGGUUAGAUUAUUGCCUUCUUAUACAUGUAUUCAGAGAGAGAAGAGAAGGAAUUCAUGAUGAACUCAUCUCUCUUUGUAAUUGGAAGCGCGCCAGCUCAAGGUAUUGCUAAUCCAGACUAAAAUCGUAUUACUGAGUUUUUCCUGAAUCAGGCCUGUGUUUAUGACACAGUAUUUAGUCAGGAUGGAAUUCUAAAAUUACUAACAAACUUAUUGAAAAUUGAAUACCUCCACACUAACCUAAAAAUGGACCUUAAGUUCCUAGAACCUCUGAUGUUCUUUAAAUCAAUGGAAAAUUAAUCUGGUAACUGUAUAUGGACAGUGCAUUCAUAAAUGGGAUGAUGUAUUUUAUCAAUAAUUUAAGAUGUCAAUAUUAGAGUCUAUUUUGCUUUUUUUAAGUGAUUAUACUUUUUUGCAAUUCACCAAUGACAUAUCAUUUUCAAACUGCUUUAAAUAUCCACUAGAAAUGAAUUUUUGAAGCUUUACUUAAUAGUAAUCACCUUGAACUGUGCAUUUCUAGUUUGUAAUACAUAUUUAGUUAGUUUGUGCCUUCAGUUUCUUAAAGUUAUAUCUGUAUUAUAUUCAGGAAAUGCGCUUUUUAUCACUUACAGCUGUGGUUUUAAUACUGCCUUGAACUGUUGUCUCUUUACAACUCCUAAAGUUUGGGGAGGAAAGAAUAAAAAGCCGAAAGGUUAGCACUAAUGAGUAGUAAAUCUAAGAGAAACAUUUUGGCAUUUCUUACUAAGAACAUGUAGAUAUUGAGUACAUCACUUCCUGUUUAGCUAAAUAGAAAAAAUGCCUUCAUUGACUUGUAGCUCUGAAGUUUAAAUUAAUGAAAGAACAAUUCAUUUGCAAAUCCUGAUAAAAGUAAAAGCAUUUUUAAGAGAAAUAUAUGAAUUUCUCAUACCCAGAAGACAGGUGGCUGACCCUACACAGCCAUACACCAUUCAAGUAAGUUAAAGUGACAGCACAGUAUUUAGACUCUCCUAGGAAGAACAUUCUGGGCUGGAGGCAGGGAAUAUUCCAUGGUCGUUUCUUUUUUCUAGUUAAGCACAUUUUAUUUGUGCUAUUUUGUUUUGUUUUGUUUUUACUCUUGCACUACAGUCUAGAGAUCCAAAUGAGCUGAAAAGUUUAAAGCUUAACAGACAUAUAAAUAAGUUUAGUUUUACUUGUCAUUGUAAUCAUUACUGAUUAGAAGCAUGACUCCUGAAGGAAAGGGAAAUAAAGCUCAAUUAAUACUAACUUUCAAGAAAAUAUUUGCCAUAUAAAUAAGUAUAUGUUUUAUUUUUAACCCAACAAAAUAAUGUAUAAAAUAAGCGUGUCCUUUACUGUCAAUUUAUCUAGAAGAUCUAUAAUAUGUAGACUACAUAUAUAAUAUAAUGUAUACAACAUAGCCAAAUGUAUAAAGACUUGACAAUGUAUAAUUUGGAAUUCAUGUGCUACCUACAUAGAGAGGUGUAAAAUUAAGUUAUAAUUUUCAUAAGACUUUCCUAUCACUUUUGACACAGUUUUCAUCAUGUUAUUUCUACUCUUUUUCUUUUUUUUUUUCUUUCCUUUGUUUAAAAUAUAUUUUUAACCAGGGCAGGCCCCACCCUAAUAUCACUUAAGAGGGUCAGGGCAAAGUUUUUGCAUUUAUUAAAAUAUGUUCGUGUAAGGGCAAUUGUAAUGGAGUUCAGUAGUAGUGGAAGCAAAAGUACAGUAAUCAAGUAUUGAAAGAAAA